AUGGCUGAGGAACAGAAGCCAACUGACUCCAGCGGGGAGACUGGCCCCGAGAGCUGCGAAGCAAACCCUCCUGUUACGCUCCGUCGUUCCGGUCGUGUCCGCAGGAGACCGUCCGACCAUAUCGACAAUGGUGCCCAGGAAAGCCGAGGCCCAGCUACAACCUCUUCUUCCACCAGUGCUCGUCGAAACCCAAAGCGGAAGGCGGCUCCCGAGACCUUUGACGUGCCCGAUAAUCUGCUGGAGGCAUCGCUUGCGCCGUGGAAGGAGAACGAGCUCACCGAGUGGGAAGGCUGGACAGAGCUAGAAUCCGACCCUGCUUUCUUUACCCUUGUGUUGGGGCUACUCGGCGUCAAGGGAGCGAGGAUAGUGGAGGCGCUUUCCGUCGAUGAGGACUCCCUAGCUGCACUGCCUUCGCCGGUGUACGGUCUGGUAUUUCUUUAUCAGUAUCUCGGGGAGGAAAGCGGGAAGGAGACUGCGGAGACGGGCCGAGACGUGUGGUUCGCGAACCAGACGACUAAUAAUGCAUGCGCAACCAUUGCCCUGCUCAACAUCAUAAUGAACGUCGACGGCUUAUCACUUGACCUUCUGAAUGCGGCACUCGCUCUCGACAACAAGGUGGACAGAGCAUUGACAGCGAAGAAGUCGAAGAAGUCGAAUAAGAGGGUCAAGCGACGGAGGGCCGGGAGCGCGGAAUCGGAAGGGGGUUCCGGCUACCAUUUCAUCGCGUUUGUCCCUAGAGGACAAAGAGUUUGGCUGCUCGACGGCCUCUCAUCCGCCCCGGUUUGCAUCGGUGAAUAUGCGCAAGACCAGCAUUGGACUUCGGUGAUGCGCCCCGUCCUGCAGGAGAGAAUGAUGCGGUACGAGACAGAGCAACUGUCCUUCAGCCUUUUGGCGCUAUGUGGCGAUGAUCUUGGCCAUGUCCGACAGAAACUUUCGGCUAACAUUCGCUGCUUGGAGAGCAUCGCGGCAAAGCUCGCCAGCAGCCCCGAGUGGAACCCCAAGGCCAGCUCGGAUAUCAUUUACAGCUCUACAGACGCCCGGCUCUCUCUGUACCAACUGGACACCCAAGACGUCAAGGGUGUACCUGACCCUGAACCCGACCCUCCACUCUCAAACCUGCAUGAGUCAUCUGAGAUCGACAGCCAGACAACUGAGGCUGCGUCGAAGCUCUGGGAGCAACUCGGCGACGAACAGAAAGGUCUCCGCUUACAGUAUGAGGGGAGUCUGAAUAUGGACGAACACGAGUCCGCCCGAGUUUUUGGCCGGACCAAGGACUACGCGCCUGCCAUCCAUGAGUGGGUCAAGAUACUGGCCGACCGCGGGGUGCUGAAGGAGCUACAUGAUCAGGUGCAACUCUCUAAGUCGCCGUAA